AUGGCAGCUCUUUCACUCACAGUCAGAGCCACAGAGGAGGAGCUGAGAGCUGAAGAUGUCUCCUUCCUGCACAACUACAAGGCUGCAGUGGAGAGGCUGCAGCGCCCCCUGCUGGAGGAUCCACAGCUGUCCUCAGGGUCUCUGAUAGACCAGGCCAAACACCUGGGCAACCUCAGCUUCAACAUCUGGAGCAAGAUGAAGGACAUGGUCUCCUAUUAUCCUCUCAUCCUGGACCCAAACACUGCUAAUCCAGACCUCAUCCUGUCUGAAGAUCUGACCAGAGUCAAAUGUCAGCUGUCUGCAAGUGGAGCACCGCAGCAGGAAGCUGUGUGUCCGGUGACUCGAGAUAAAAGUGGAGCCGUUACCGUUACCGUUCACGAACCCGGCGCCAAACACAGCGGCAUCACAGGAGUCUCUGCGGAGGCGGUGGGCGUCGCCAUCGCAGCGCCUCCUACAGACGGAGAAGCAAACACGGAGCUCAUCCGGUUCCUGGCCGAGAUUCUGGACCUGAAGAAGAGCCACAUAUCUCUGGACAAGGGCUCCAGGUCCAGAGACAAACUGAUUAGAGUGGACUCCUCCCUCAGUCCAGAGGAGGUGCUGAGGAGGUUCAGACAGGCUGCAGGCUGACAGGAGGAGAAGGUGCAGAAACACAAGAGGAGGAGGUGCUGUAGAAACACAGGAGGAGGUGCAGAAACACAGAAGGAGGAAGAGGAGAAGAAACUCAAGAGGAGAAGGUGCAGAAACACAGGAGGAGGAGGAGGAGGAGGAGCAGCAGAAACUCAAGAGGAGGAGGUGGAGGAGCAGAAACUCAAGAGGAGGAGCAGAAACACAGGAAGAAAAAUGAAAAUGUAAUUAAAAGUAAUACAAAAUAUCCUCA